AUGAAGACAGCUCAGGCGUGGCGUCUAAGAAUGAAGGACAUGCAGAUCUUGCCCGCGCCUCGCCACCGUGCCCACUUGAAGAAGCCAACAUGGAUAAUUGUCUUGGUUUCAUUGGUCUGCGUGUUCUUGAUUUGCGCUUAUAUUUAUCCACCCCACAACUCUGCUGCCUGUUAUGUGUUCUCUUCCAAUGGUUGCAACGGAUUUUCCCAAUGGAUGCCACCUCCUCCUUCAAGGGAGUUUACUGAUGAUGAGAUUGCUUCUCGUGUUGUGAUUAGGGAUAUUUUGAAUAUGCCUCCAGUUCAAUCGAAGAAUCCUAAAAUUGCUUUCAUGUACUUAACACCAGGUUCAUUACCUUUCGAGAAGCUGUGGGAUAAGUUUUUCCAUGGCCACGAGGGCAGAUUUUCUGUCUAUGUACAUGCAUCUAAGGACAAACCAGUUCAUUUUAGCCGUUUCUUUGUCAAUCGAGAGAUUCGCAGUGACAAGGUAGUGUGGGGAAAGAUUUCAAUGGUUGAUGCAGAGAGACGCCUGUUGGCAAAUGCACUCAAAGACCCUGAUAACCAACACUUUGUGUUAUUAUCUGAUAGUUGUGUACCAUUGCAUCAUUUUGAUUACGUGUACAACUAUCUGAUGUACACGAAUGUCAGCUUUAUUGACUGCUUUGAGGAUCCUGGUCCACAUGGGACUGGCAGGUAUUCGGAGCAUAUGUUGCCUGAAGUUGAGAAAGCUAACUUUCGGAAGGGUGCACAGUGGUUUACAAUGAAGCGCCAACAUGCAGUGGUAGUAAUGGCUGACAAUCUCUACUACAAAAAAUUUCGAGAAUACUGCAAGCCGGGUAUGGAUGGGCGCAAUUGCUAUUCUGAUGAACAUUACCUGCCUACCUUUUUCCAUAUGCUUGAUCCAUCUGGUAUUGCAAACUGGUCAGUGACACAUGUUGAUUGGUCUGAAGGAAAGUGGCAUCCAAAAUCAUACAGAGCUCAAGAUAUUACUUAUCAGCUCAUGAGAAAUAUUACUUUAAUUGAAGACAGUGUGCAUGUCACAAGUGAUGAACGGAAAGAAAUCCAGGUUAGACCAUGUUUAUGGAAUGGAAUGCGACGGCCAUGUUAUUUAUUUGGAAGGAAGUUCAUGCCAGAAACUCUGGAUAACUUGAUGGAACUUUUCUCGAAUUACACUAGUAUUUGAACGGGAUAUCAUCUUCAUUUCUAAUUCUUUGGUCGGUCAAACAGUUGAUCUCGACCCUUCAUCAUCAUCAUCUUCAUUUUCUCCUGUAGUUUACAGUGUUGUAAAGCGUUCCUCACGGUAGAAGAGGAUUCAUUGCCCUUGACCUGGCUCGUUUUUUGAGUGCAAUGGGCAACUAGCGGAGCUGUUAGUGUGACUUUGGUUGAUCUGGAAGUUGACAAGCUGUUGCUAGCAUCGCUGCCUUGAGGAUUGAGUGAAUUUAGUUUUUUUUUUUUUUUUUUGUCCCUCUUUCCAUUUUGGGCCUAUUUAUGUCAUAAUUGUAGCUUUUUUUUUUUUUUUUAAUCUUUUUCUUUCUUUUUUUGUUUUUUUGGACAGAAAUUUUGGGUACUUUAUUGCAGUGCAGUUAAUUGUUGACCUUUGUAAAGGUUGAAAUGUGAAUUUGCAAAUAUUUUUAGUAGAAACAGCAUCCUAUAUCUUAUAUAUAAGAUUUGAAA